GUAAGAGAAAGUCAAGUUCCAAGAUCUGUAACCAUUCGUGAUUUUAGAAUAUCCAACUAAUGAAUAAUAUGCCUUUAAUCGGACAAUGAAGAAGAUCGUUACAAACUAGUUGUCUCUUUGUCAUCAUAUAAUUAUAUCAUAUUAGUGGCUACAAUUAUAUAUGAUUCAUUGUAACUGAGCAGGAUCAUCCAAACAAAGAAACAAAUUAUUUUUUGUAUGUUACAAAAAUUAUCUAAGUAAUAUUUAUCUCUUAUAUAUAUAGCCUCACGCUGUUCAGCUUCUUCAUCUCACUUGUGAUAUUACAAAGGAAUAAACAUUGAUAUGGGAAAGGUAUGUGUCCUUUGGUUGUGAUUUUUGCAUAUAUCUAUUACGCAAACUUACUUAUAAUUUUUUCGGGAUUAUAGAACAAGCAAAAUGGAGAAGCAGACAACAAGUCCAGGAAUCAGAAAAAUGGAGACUCCAAUAAGUCAGAUACGAAGAAUCAGAAAAAUGGAGAUGCCGAUAAGUCUGAUAAGUCUGAUAAGAAGAAUCAGUGUAAAGAAAUUGUUCUGAAGGUUUACAUGCACUGUGAAGGUUGCGCUUCACAAGUUUCCCAUUGUUUGAGGGGAUAUGAUGGGGUUGAGCAAAUUAAGACAGAGGUUGGAGAAAAUAAAGUCGUUGUGUCUGGGAAAUUUGAUGAUCCGGUGAAGAUAUUACGAAGGGUGCAAAAGAAAUUCAGUAAAAAUGCUGAGUUAAUUUCCCCAAAGCCUAACCCUAAUCAAGAUCAGAAGAAGGAGCAACAACAAAAGAAAGAAAGUACUCCGCAGAUCAAAACUGCAAUUUUAAAAAUGAACAUUCACUGUGAAGGAUGUGUUAAUGAAAUCAAAAGAGGCAUUGAGAAAAUAAAAGGUAUUCAAACGGCGGAACCAGACCGGUCAAAGUCAAUGGUGGUGGUACGAGGAGUCAUGGAUCCUCCAAAACUCGUGGAGGAAAUCAAGAAAAAACUUAAGAGACAUGCAGAGCUUGUAAGUCAGAACACAGAGAAAGGCAAAGGUAAUAACGACAAAGAGAGCAAUAACAAUAACAAGGGCAACAAGAAGAACGAAGACAGUGAUGGAAACACAAUCUUUAGUUACCCUCCUCAAUAUUCAGCCCAACAUAACUACCCCUCUCAGAUCUUUAGCGACGAGAAUGUGCAUUCUUGUUCGAUCAUGUGAUUUUUGACUCGUAAACUGAGAGUCUUUAAGUUAUGUUAUAUGUUCCACAUUUUAUAUCUCAUAAGAUUUUAAUUCAUUCAAAUUUGAGUGACACUUUAUGAACGUACUCCACAAGUGACUAAACAUUUUCAACUGGAAGGUAUUAAAUGGACAUCUCAACAAAUAACUAAAUGUAGACUAAUGUUUAAGUAUUGUUGGAUAUACGUUUUAAUCUGAGCCUAAUAGUUUAGACAUCUAAUCUAUUAAUUUAAAGUUCUAUUUUUAUCUACCAUUAGCAAGUUAUAGUAGGACCACCUAAAGAAAUAGUUAAUAUGACAUAUUUGAUUAUUUACACUAAUAAUAAACUAACUAUAAAUUUGAAUUUUAUUUUUUAAUUAUAAUAAAAUCUGUUAAGAAAAAAUUUAACAAAAUCUUACUUAAAAUUUAAAUAUUUUUAUAAAAUAACAUAUUAAUUAAUUUCGUAACUAAUAAUAUAAUAUUGUUAUAAAUCAAUGUUAACUAAAAUUUUAUUAUAAAAAAAAUAAAAUAUCCU